CUUUAUCAUCAGUCUGUCAGUCAACUCAACGCAAGUAAAGCAUACGAUAAUGCGAAAUUAAUUUUAAGAGAUUUAACACUUUACAAAAACAAAUUACCGAUAUUCGAGGAAAUCAUCACACUGUGUUUUACAAACAGGCAGGAUGUUCUCCAAAGCCUACAAACUAAAAUCGAACAGCACUCUAAAAAAUUCCGAAAAGAAACAUCUUGCUCUACGAAUACAGGAUGAGUUCUCUAAUCUCUCUGAGGAAAAAGUCAAAGAGUUGGUGACAGUAAAGUCGAGUGCGAUUUGCGUGAAGUUGGCUCUUCAUUCGGGGGACAUGGUAGCAGUGUAUACAGUAGACGGAGUGCCGGUGCUGAUUGAGACGGCAGAGCAGCUCGUGCCGACCGUGUGUGCUCUGUGGAAGGUGCCAGACAUGGUGCCUACCAUAACCGUCCAUUCGCCGGUGGUGCCAAAGGUACUUGGUGGUGCCUCAGUGUACUUGCCUGGAGUGACAAUACCAGCAGGUGGGGUUGGCUUUCCUCAGUUUGGUAAAGGUGCCAUAGUAGCUGCAAACACGACAGACAACGCUGCAGCAGCCAUCGUGGGCCGAGCUGUCAUGUCAAGUGGAGAUAUGCUGCUGAGAGCUGCAGGCACGUGUUUAGAAGCUAUUCAAGUGCUUGGAGACCAUCUGUGCAGAGACCACAAGAUGGGCAAGAUUGAGAGGCCCAAGCUUGGUCUGCCUUCAUAUGGAAACAGAGAACCUGCCAUUGAUCUUGCUGCAGAUAUAAACCAGCUGAGCAUGAAAGAAGAAUGGCCAAGCCUGGGCAAAAGAGCCCCAGAACCUGCCCCAGCUCCUGUGGCUAACGAGCCCAAAGUUAUUUUGGAGACACCGCGGCCCGAAACCCCAGUGGAAGACGAUGCCGACGAAACUAUAGUCACAGAGUCGCCCGUGGAAGAGGACGGUGCCCCCGCAGACAUGGACGCGCUGCUGCGCUGGAGCCUGCUGUGCUUCCUCAAGCUGGACGGCAAGACUGUGGAGUUGCCGCUCAAAACCAACCUGCUAUACAAAAACUACCUGAUGCCGCUGUGUCCGCCGGACCGCCCGCUGGACGUCAAGAAGUCGAGUUACAAGAAAAUGAGCAAAUUCAUGGAGGCUAUGCAAGAGGAAGGCCUGGUGGAAGUCCGCGAGAUCGACCGAGGCGUGUCCGCGCUGGCCGGCGUCCGCCUCGCGCACCCGCGCCUGCGCGCCUUCCGAGCGCCGGCGACACUGCGCAUGCGCGCGUGUCCGCUGUCUCGCGACUAUGUGCCGCCGGCCGUCACUGACCUACACUGCGUCACCGCGGCGGUGGCGCCGCUGUUGUCCGACCACAAAAAAGGCACUCCGCUUUCGUCAGCAACAGUACGCAAUGAGUUAACAGAAUACGUCAAGUCCAGACAACUGAACUCCACGCAAAACAAGGGGGCAGUGAUGCUGGACGCUACACUCGCUAAAAUACUCGGUAAACAAGAACAGGAGUGCGUGAAAUGGGACGCUCUAAUGUCAGGCGUGUUGGGUCGCAUGACCGCCGCCACCGAGAUGCAGUUUGCGGACGGCACUGUCAAAUUAGUCAAAACCAAACUGGAACCCAUCACUAUGACCACAGUUACUAGGAGCGGGAAUAAAAAGGUGACGCUGGUGUCGAACCUGGAGCAGUUCGGGUUCGAGCUGCGCGCGCUGGCGGCCGCGAGCCAGGCGCGCGCGGCGGCCGCGUGCGGCGUCACGCGCGCGCGCCAGCUCAUGCUGCAGGGGGACCAGACCCACUUUGUGGCGAAACUGCUGUGCGAGACAUAUGGACUCCCCAAGAAGUUUGUGGAGGGAGCCGAUAAGGCCCUUAAUAAGAAAAAGUAAUGUUAAUCCUAAGAACUGAAAUCUAAUUUCAAACCAUGUGAUAAGACUGUGUGAUCUAAAAUAAAACUCUUACUAUGUUUA